AGUUGGUCAAAUCACGAUGACAGAAUAAAACCCACUACUGCCGCCGUAGCGGGAACACAUACGACUGGCAUGUCAUCGCAUCGUAUCUUUCCUCUACAAACACCAGAUUAUCUACUUUCCUUCCAAUUUUCAUCAUGGUAUCCAACAUUUUCCUCCAUCAGCAUCAAAAGUACCAUCAUCCAUCCCUUGGAUCAAGCAUUCAAGGAAUACCUCGACUCAGACGGCAUUUUCGUACCAGAAGGCUCGGAAAAUGUUCCGGCAGAAAGUUCUCCUUCAGACCAAGAGGAUGAGGACGAUGCUGCAGUCGGGCGAUCUUUCUCCUUCCCCGAUUUAGACGAGCGGAUAAGACAAAUAAUCAAAGAAUACGGCGCUACCUUCCCUAAGCUCAAUUUUUCUUCACCAAAGGACGCAUCAUGGGUACUACCACCAUCCUCGCCUCUCAAAUGCACAUCUCCAUCCGACGUCUACAUUUUGCUAAAAUCCUCAGAUUUCAUAUCGCACGAUCUCAGGAUCGACACCGUCUUCGAGGGAUGCGAAUGCGAUCCAUCGAAUCCACCAUCGUAUCAACUCGAGCUUGUCUUGCGAAAAUGGUAUCCGAUAGAUAAGAGCCGCGAGUUCAGGUGUUUCGUCCGUGAAGGCCGUCUCGUAGGGAUAUCACAACGCGAUACGAAUUUUUACGACUUCAUGAACGAGCCCCAAAUACAAAACAAGAUCGUAGAGACGCUCGGGCGUUUUUGGAAUGAGAAGAUCAAGACCGAAUGGCAUGGACAACAAGAUUACGUCUUUGAUGUGUUGAUGACGCGUGAUCUGUCUCGGGGCCAUGUCCUAGAUUUCAACCCAUACGCACCCCGAACGAAUCCCCUCCUAUUUACAUACGAAGAGCUCUUGGCAGUUUUCACACAGGGUUUGAACACACCCGAGCUCCGUAUCAUCGACUCGCCUUUACAUCCAGUUGCAUCGCGUAACGCCCCAACUUACCAACACAACAUGUUGCCGAUGGAAGCCCUUGCGUUGAGUAGCGGUCGGGACAUCAACGACUUCUCGGAAUUGUGGAAGAAAGAGAUUCAACAGUCCAUGAACGACGACGACGACUAAUAGAUUAUGCUUUGAAAGAUCGUUGCGGAUUUCGUCCUAUCCACAUACGGAGGGAGAGCUUUUGUCAGGCCCGAGCUUCGCAUCAUGGACUCACGCUAUACAUCCACUGCAGCACGCAGCACACCGAUAACGCGAAGGGCCACUCGCGGUAAAUCCCGCUGCUGUCCUAUCGAAUUUGAUCCUGCUAUCACAAUUCUCGAUUCAUAAAUGCAAAUUGAUUCGUGUUUUCAGACACAGGUAU